AGUGUGUGCGUGUGUGUGGGUCUAUUAUGGUAUAGAAAAGUGCGCGUGUGUAUGUGCGAGAAAGUAAUGUGUGUGUACGCAUAUACGUUACCGUUGUGGUCGGCGCAUUACUUGGGCGUCUCCCUUCUCGAAAAAAGGGCAUCGCAUAGCAUCGCAUCACAUUAGCGCUGUGUGGAAUACAGCCCGCCAAGCUUGAUCGCUCUGCGAUGCACACUCGCAUAUCAUGAGCUUUGGUGCAUGUCCGUAUAGUAGCGAUACCGUACCUUCACUUACGGCACCUAGUUCUGUACGCUUCGCUUGGCAUCGGUGCGCCAAUUCCAGCGAAUUAAAGGGUCUCUCUUUCCAGUUUCAUUACCCGCGUACGGAGAGACUGUGGCGGGGACAGGGUAAUCAUUGCCAAGCGUUUUAGACACACUCGCCCCUCUCAGCCCGCCAACUUCACGUCGUGUUUUCCAGGCUUCUUAUUUCCAUCUCGUUAAGGAAAGCACUUCGGAUUAUCAACAUCUGGAUGACACGGUGGUUCGAUUCUACGAGGGAGAAAAUCCUUUUGGGACAGUUUAUGUGAGGAAUUAUUCCAAGGAUUUCAUUAUCUUAAAGGACCAGAAGCAGCUCACACCAUGGGCUUCAAGGACAAAGUGACGGCCAUCUUGCGUCGUCUAGUCCGGACCAAGUCCCUGGAUUUGUACAGUGCCAAGUCCACCGAUGAAGAGGAUGGGAACGUUCCAGGCCGUCUACCAAAGUGCCUCACCACGUUAGACCUGGUCUCACUCGGUGUAGGUAGCUGCAUGGGUACAGGGAUGUACGUGGUGUCUGGUCUGGUUGCCAGGGCGAUGGCUGGUCCCGGUGUCAUACUCUCCUUUACCAUAGCCGCUCUUGCGUCAAUUCUGUCAGGUGUAUGUUACGGAGAGUUCGGCGUUCGCGUUCCCAAGACAACAGGCUCCGCCUACAUGUACAGUUACGUCACAGUGGGCGAGUUCACAGCGUUUAUUAUUGGUUGGAAUCUGAUUCUGGAGUAUCUGAUUGGUACAGCGGCCGGCGCAAGCGCAUUGAGUAGCUGUUUUGAUUCCCUCUUUCGGAACAAAAUUAGUACUUUCAUGAGAGACAAUGUCGGCGAAUUUGGGAUUCAUACGAAGUCAUACCCUGACCUCGUCGCCCUAGUCAUCGCCGUCAUCAUGACCCUGAUCGUCGCUGCUGGGGUCAAGAAAUCAGUCGUCUUCAACAACGCCCUCAACGUGAUCAACAUGGCAGUGUGGGUAUUCAUACUGGUAGCUGGGUUCUUCUUUAUCAAGGGAGACAACUGGACGGAGGACGGAUUUCUGCCUUUCGGCUUUUCUGGGGUAAUGACUGGAGCUGCAACCUGUUUCUACGCUUUUAUUGGUUUCGAUAUCAUAGCAACGACUGGUGAAGAGUCCAAGAAUCCAAGCCGUUCCAUACCUCUAGCUAUCAUGCUCUCUCUUCUCAUUUGUCUUGUUGGAUACGUGAGCGUGAGUUUCGUAUUGACCCUUGGCGUUCCAUACUACGACAUCAGCUCGGAGUCACCUCUGAUGGACAUGUUCGUACAGAACAAUGCUGAGCCGGGCAAGUACGUGGUCGCCAUCGGCUCCAUCGCCGGGCUCACCGUCAGUCUCCUAGGGUCACUCUUCCCAAUGCCAAGAGUCAUCUAUGCCAUGGCUACCGAUGGACUGCUGUUCAGGUUUCUAGGAAACAUCAAUGUCGUGACCAACACACCAGCGGUAGCGACAAUCAUCGCGGGUUUCUUAGCAGCCAUCAUGGCUCUCUUAGUAAGCUUGGGUGACCUGAUUGAGAUGAUGUCCAUUGGGACACUCCUGGCCUACACCCUCGUCUCCAUGUGCGUCCUCAUCCUCCGCUAUCAGCCUCAUGUCGAACUACAAGUCUCCAUCAACACCGGACUCGCUUACGACACUCUCGACAACGAAGACGACGAUGAGAUCAGCGCCCCACCAGCUAAUGAGUCAACGAUAUCCACGGCGGACCCGACUACGCAGGGGUCGACGCUCCAGGAAGCGGGCCCCGAGCAGUUGCUACCAAAACUGGACGCACAGGGGACACCGAUCCAUAGCUCGAAGCCGAAAUACGGAGCCGUCGGCGAGGAAACCGACGACGAGUUCCGGACCUACAGCCAAUGGAAUUUCUACCUCUCACGCGCGAAGCAGCUGACAUACUGCUACGCUGAUAUCGUCCGCGUUAAGCUCGGGCUUCCAGAGACGACGGCCUUGCCGACAGCGGCUACCGGCCGUAGCGUGACGUUAUCGACGCUAUUCAUGUUUAUCGUCCUGUUCUUAAUGUGCACCCUCAUCGUCCAAGCUCAAAGGUUUAUCUCUGACUGGUGGGCGGUCAUCUUCAUGAUCAUCCUCUUCGUGCUCCUUCUCGGUAACAUCAUCAACAUCAUCCGACUACCGCAGAAUCCAGAGCGUCUUAAAUUCAUGGCUCCUUGCGUGCCCUUCUUACCCAUGUGCGCCAUGUUUGUUAACAUUUAUCUCAUGCAUAAGCUCUCCUACCUUACGUGGAUCCGGUUUGCAAUCUGGCUUAUUGCAGGUCUUUUAAUUUAUUUUGGAUAUGGUAUUUGGAAUAGUAGCAUUGAGACAAGAUUCCACGAUACGACGAGAAAAGAUGGAAAAGAUGGAAAAGAGGCGAUUCUCAUGGAUACAAAUGAUGUAAAUAUGUCCACGGCUCCCGUUCUUAUUCCAGCCCACUCAGCGUCAGAGCCCCUCAAGCCCGAGGACAGUAUACCUGCCCCCGCUUCGUCUUCCGAUGAAUUCGAGACGCCUUAAACUCAUGUCUGAAUAACUACCGUUAGCUACCAUGAUGUAUCCAUGCAUUUCUAAAGCCUCGUUCACAAUGUAUCCGUAAACCGCUUUAAAGACAAGCGCAGCGGCAAAAUUCACUUAGAUAAGCGUAGUGAGCUUCGUGAUUCUUUUAUAGCAUACACAUCGGCAAUACACCGUUUACACCAACGGGGCCAACACCAGACCGACUACAGUCGAGCUAAAACUUGCAUUAACCCAACUGCCGAAAUUUGGUUGGUUUGGUGACUGUGUGUCAAUGCUACUGAUGCAUAAGUAUUGCUAUGCAGCGAUGCUUUUUACCCCCCCCCCCCCCACCUAAAUAUUGCAUCCCUCCAUUUAUUUACACGUCAAGUUUUGCCGCGGCGGUUUACGGUAUCUUGUCUGAACGAGGCUUUAUUGGUCGUCUGUACGGGCACCAUGAGUGCGUUAUGUGUCUGUGUAACACUCUGAGUGUUAACGGUUAUGUGGCCAAAUUAAACCUUGCGCUGUCAACCUAUUUAUAUAUAUAUUUACAUGUUUAGUGAUGGAAGGUUUUAAAGACGUUGAAUGAAUAUGAUCAUAAUGAUGGAUACUUUGACUGCAAAAACAAUAUAGAAGUUGGUGAAAAGUGAACACCAAACGUAAGGUGGGUGUGGCCUGGAUAAUACAAAAAAGUAUAAGAGAAGCGAAUGGUGCCGUUGACGAAAACAUUGAUUUAUUUAGGAGCAGAUUUGACGUGGUGUUGUAUUUAAUCAUGUUCUUGUAACUCUUUUAACUAGUCAAGUGGAAAUGCGCAUAAUCUUAAUCAAAGGCAAAUACAUUCCCGUUUUCUAGUGUUUGUUUCUGGUUAAAAUGCCAAGGGCGAAGCACUAUGUCGGCAUUUUAGUUGACCUCAGGUCCAAAAAACCAGAAGCCAACGAGAAAAGUCUGACAAGACCAAAUAGUAAUAUGCGCUAUACAAGAACCGAAUAUUAUCAUUAUUAUCAUGGAAUGCAGACCUUCGCUUUUGGAACUGCGUUUCGGUCUGGUCAAUAACGCUAAUAAGGUCUCUGAGAAAGCUUUUAAUUUCCAUGGAAUGAGGGGGGAGAGCGGUCUCGUGGGUCUUUGAGGUCUGUAGGACCUUAGUUUCUUUCAUGGGCUGAAGCCUGUCACUAUAACCGUCCAUAUUUAGAGAUUCACGUUUACAUUAUGGUAAUGAAAUUGCUUUCCAACAGUAAUUACAUGUUCCUCAACACCGAGGCAUAUGACAAAAAAAUGUUAACGAAACAAAAUCAAUCGUUGUGUCUAAUCGUCAAUCAUUUGUUAUUUCAUUUAUUUAGUUUUAAAAAUGAACAUGUAGUAGGUUUUGUUUCAUUUCUCUCUAUUGAAUGAUAAGAACGUCACAAAUAAUCUGAUAAGGAAUGUCGUCUUUAAGUGGUUUAUAGACCUUGAAAUUAGUUGGAAAAAAGUUGAGCUAUUGUGACAUGACGUGUUUGUUUUGUGGACAAAAUACGUACAUAGGAUGAAAAUAUCUGGAUUAUACCCUCGAUGUUGAUGAUACCUGUAUAAAAGAAACGCAUUGUAGGGUGUUGUUGUUUUAAGAAAAGGCGAUUACAAUAAAAUUCAAAUAAAAAUAUAUACCUCCACACAAGACUACUAGUAUUGCGAUUAAAAUCCCACGAUGUACGCUCAGAGAAGAUGGUACAGUGAAACCUGUCUAUAAAGACCAUCCAAGGGAGACAAGAAAAUUGGUCUUUAUAGGCAGGUGGUCUUUAUAUGUACGGGUUCUUUUAAUACAAGCUUCGAUGAGAAACCCUUUUCAAGGGAAACCGAUAAUGUGGUCUUUGUAGCAGGUGGUCGCUACAGCAGGUUUGACUGUAAAUUCAAAGACUGAUGAUGAUACAAUGGUGGUCCAGAUUCCUUAGCAGCCAACAGGGGAGGUGUCGUAGUAUAGAUAUUCACUCACUUAACUUUAAAUCAAGAGGCCGAGGGUUCGAAUCCCAGCCAGGCACCGAUAGCAUCUAAUCAGGCAUUAUGCCACUCUCCAACCAAGUACAAGGGAAUACCUGGGCCCUAUAUUAUGAAGAGUUGCGAUUGAAUCAAAUCAUUCGAAACUCAAACCGAAUCGCAACUGUGUAAUUACUGUAAGAGAUAGGAGUUGCGAUAGAUUCGAAUUAAUCGCAACUCUUUCUAUAAAAAGAGUCUGAUGAUGUUAACGCGUAAUAAUACUUGACCACUUUGCUAAUACUAGGGUUUGAUAUGCGCUUUACAAUAAACUGAUACUACCGUUUCAAACACUGUUUUAUAAAGCGAAACUGUUAACUAGACGAAAAAGGAAAUGGUGAAACAAUUUUGCAGAAGAACGGUGACUCUGAUGAUGUUAUAUGAGUUCAUGUUGCGGUAGUCAUAGUAUAUUUUUAAUUUGAUAUAUCUUUAUAUGUGUAUAUAAUGAUGAGUAUCUUCAAAGAGAAAAGAGGUCCUGCUUAUCGGUUAUUAAAGUGAAAGUUUUAAGUGCAAUGGUUGAAUAUAUUUAUGUGGUUUGUAAAUACAGAGAUGGUAUUGUGUCAAAGAGUUUUGGUUUGGAGAAAAGGUAACGAGAAUGGUAAAAUUAAAUGGCGGUGGAAGGAAUUAAAUCUAAAUAUUGUAUCAUUUAAAAGAGAUCGUCGUGGCUUACGAAUUCAUCAAAUAACGUUUUUCAAGAAACUAAAAGGUUACUUUUAUAAGGUUUUGUAUGAACAAAUUGAAUAAGUUAUCAUUUUGAUCUGCGAAACGUUUAAUUCGGUUUUAAAUAGAAUGGUAUUUUAAUUUUGAUUCAAAUAUUUGUAUUAUCUUUCCAUUCACGAUUUUGGUUUGUAAAUAUUCUUUUAUAGAGAAGGAAGAUUAUGAAACUCACUCCAUUUCUAGAUUUUUAUUGAAUUUUGACUUCUCAUCAACAUUCAAAUCAAUUAACAAUUUAUUUUUAUCAUUGAUUCAUUACGAAUUGGCAUCAUUGGCAUUUAGUGUAAUAAUACAUCCCAAUCAGUAACCGACACGGAAUACAAUUAUGCAAAACUUGAUUAAAUUUUCCUCUGCCAGGUUGCUUUCACAAGUCGAAGCUAAAUUAAUAAGCGAUGCCAGUUCGUCAUCGCGCCCUCUUCUGCCAUUUAAAAAAUAGUUCCUCUUCUGCCAUUUUAUUUCUGCCAUUCAACUCCGUUCGCGAAUCUUGAUCUUGUUUCAGUUGUGGUAAAAAUAGAAAAGAAUGAUUAUCAUAAAGAGUAUAUCGUUUAUUGUAAAAUUAAUAGAAUAAUAUGACAUGUUAGAGUACGAUAUAUGAUAGAUAUACAGUUUAGCAGAUUAUUUUAUGUCUAGAUGAUAAUUGUUGAAAUGUAAGAUGUUUAUUUGUCGCAAUAAAAAUGGAAAAAAAACUAACU